AUGUCGGCCAAGAGGGCAGAACUGAAGAAAUCAAACCUGAGCAAGAACUACAAGGCAAUGUGCCUGGAACUGAAGCCCGAGCCGACCAAAGUAAGAAGCUCUUUUGAGGCCAUGCCGGCAGCCAGGCCUGAGACCCGUGGGGAGGUGACUUGGAGUCAGGGGUCGUUCGCUGUUCCUGGCGGCCAAGACCUGUCCCAGACGUAUGACUACAAGGGAAUUAAACAAGAAGGGCUGUCUACCAAACCAGGAGGGACACAGGAGCUAAGGACUGAACUCAGGGAGGUGAAGGAAGAGCUCAAGGAAAAAAUGGAUGAGAUCAAACAGAUAAAGGGCAUAAUGGACAAGGAUUUUGAUAAACUCCAGGAAUUCGUAGAGAUUAUGAAGGAAAUGCAGAAGGAUAUGGAUGAGAAGAUGGAUGUUUUAAUAAAUAUGCACAAGAGCAGCAAUCCCCUUAGAAGAGGUCCAGAGGAGCAGCAGGAGUUCAGGCUGACGGCAAAGACGGACACAGACCCACAGCUCCGGCUCAAGAAAGUGGAUGGAGCUGAUGGCAUGCCACUCACUCUCCACGAGAAGAUGAUGGCACUUCAGAAACCAAAAAAGGACCCACUGGAUUCCCUUCAUCAAGGCAGGACCUGCUGCGAAAGAUGUUUGUUGUGUGCCCAGAAGAACAACUGCAGUCAGGGCAGAAAACUUCCAUGCCAUUCCUGGGCACCCUUUUCAUCCUUGGCAUCUGGAGCUGCUUUCUGA